AUGAGCUCUCCUAUAAAACUACCACUUUUGACAAAUAAAGAAAGCUUUUGCAAGAGAAGAGCGGAGCAUCCCACUAGAAUUUGCGGAGUUGGGGACGAAGAUAGUGGGAAAAUGUGGAAGAUUGCCCCUAGCAAUUUUGGUACUUGUAGGGCUCUUCCAAAUAAUUGGGAGAUAAACAAGGAAGAAUUAAUUCGAUUAUGGAUUGCUGAAGGCUUUGUACCGCAACCGUUGCAAGGGGAAGGAGAAGGAGAUGAGACGAUGGAAGAUAUAGACAAAGAAUAUUUGGAAGAACUUGUCAGCAAGAGCAUGGUUCAAGUGAGCAAGAGGAGCUCCUCUGGAAUGGGUGUUAAAACAUGCCAAAUACACGAUGUGAUGUGUAUCAAUUGCAAGAGACGAGAAUUUCCUUCAUGUUGUUCAGCGUUAAGAGGGAAGUAUGACUCAAAGAUCUUCUUCCUUUCUUCACUUGACAACAACAACGAAGCUCCGUAG